CAGUGCCUACCUUGGUACGCACUCAUUCUCAAUGUAUAUUCCUUAAAGCUCCAAUCUGUAUGGUCUGUAUUGCCUCUCCCUGGUUAUAACGAGCUCUUUCUAUUUAUGUAAACAGUAAGGAAAAACUCAACCCGAGAUCCAAAUAAUGCAAGGUCGAAAUGGUCUUUUUAUGAGAAACAUUAGAACUAAGCAAGCCAUCUCCUGCUAAAAUAAAGGGCAAAAGAAUUGUGAAGCACUGACAAUGCCUGCCUUCACUUUACUUAGUAUCUGAUUGAUGAGCAGACAUUCAUCCCAUGAGGAAGAAGAAACCUAAAUAUUCCCUUGUAACUGUCCCUCUUAAAUUCUUAAUGGAGGGAUGAAGAAGCGAACAAAACUAACAAUCAUUAUACGACCAAUUCAUUUCUUUUAAUCUGAUGUCUCUUCCUGCUUCAUUCAAUCUCAAUAUUAGGCUUCCGUCUAACUGUUACAAACCUGCAUCAAAACUCUUUCCAGCCUUUCCUUCAAGUUUAUCGAUAACAAAUUCACAGAAGUACGAAUGCCCAACUUUUCUGUUCCCCCCAGCAAACCAGAGUGUUGCAGCAAUUGUUUUCGGAGAUGGUUCACAUUCACAACUCUAUCCAUUGACAAAGCGAAUAGCAGAAGGCGCCAUUCCUAUAUCAGGAAAUUACAAACUAAUUGAUGCAGUUGUCAGCAAUUGCAUCAACAGCAGCAUUACAAAAAUCUACGCUCUUACGCAAUUUAACUUUACUUCUCUAAAUUCUCACCUCUCAAGAGCUUAUGCGGGGGCACACCUUGGGAAAGAGGGAUUCGUUGAAGUUAUUGCAGCAUAUCAGAGUCCAGAAGACCAGGACUGGUUUCAGGGAACUGCUGAUGCUAUAAGAAGGUGUUUGUGGGUGCUCGAGGAGUAUCCGGUUGUUGAGUUUCUAGUCCUUCCUGGUUACCACCUUUAUAAAAUGGAUUACCAGAAACUUAUAGAGGCCCAUCGGAGCAGCAAAGCCAAUAUAACUGUCUCAGUAUUGAGUAGUUCAAGAGAUGAAGAUUUAGGAUUGGGAAUUUUCGAAGUUAAUGCUCAAAACCAAGUUAUCGAUUUUAGAGAGAAUCCCGAGAUGGACUCCUUGAAGUUCAUGUCAGAAAAGAAUUCGGUGAAAUUCAAUGAUAUUGCUCAUCAUAAUUUCCCAAGCAUGGGAAUCUAUGUCAUUAACAAAAAUGUCAUGAGACAGCUCCUGAAGGAAUAUUUUCCUUUUGCGAAUAACUUGAGAAGUGAAGUAAUUCCAGGUGCAAUUUCCCUAGGAAUGAAGAUUUGUGCUUAUAAAUUUGAUGGUUACUGGGAGAACAUGAGAAGCAUAGGAGCAUACUACCGCGCUAACAUGGAAAGCACCAGAAAAACAAACAAUGCAUAUAGCUUCUACGCCAUAGAUUCUCCAGUGUACACUUUACCUCGGAGUCUGCCUCCAACUCUAAUAACUGAUGCUGUUAUUACAGAUUCUGUCAUUGGGGACGGUUGCAUUCUCAGAAAAUGCACGAUAGAUGGCACGGUCUUAGGAAUGAGAACAAGAGUUGGUGAGGGAGCCAUCAUC